AUGAUGCCGAUGGUUGACAAGACCAAAAGAGGAUAUGACGUGGUCUUGAGAUCUGAGCUGGACCAAUUUCGCGAUGUGGAACAAGAGAUCGAGGAACAACAAGAAGAAACCCGAGACUGGGUGCAGCAGCAGAUUGAUAAUGCACUGAACAAGGGAAAAGAACGAGACCUCCAGAUGAAAAAUGAAGCACAAAAACAACACGAGUUACUUCUCAAGGAGAUCUCUGAUACGAAUUAA